GACGUCAGAGCGCAUGUUGAGGGAACGUGUUACCGUGGUAACGGAGGACCAGCUCAGCUGUCCUGAGUAUUUCCUAGGAGCUUCAAAGUCUUCCUUCAAACUUCUGGGACGCCAUGGAGGAUGAUGAAGAGAGAAAAACUUUGUUUGACGUGGUGUACGGCAGAAAGUCAGAGAAGGUCGUGCUGCAGCAGCUGACGAUGGUAGCCCAAGUCCCCAGGGAUUCUGCUGAUAGAACAGAACUGGGAGCUCGUUAUCAAAAUCUCCUCACUCAGUUAACCAAACAGCACAAGUUGGAUUAUGGGAUCACAGGGCUGCUGCUCAUUUAUCCCACCUGUCUGCUACACAUCAUUGAGGCAUCUGAAUACAUGCUGGAUUGUUUUUUGAACGAACUCCAAGCCACGCAGGAACAGCCGGAGUGCAACUUGCUGGAAGCUAAGAUUGCUUUCAUGUGGCAUAGUCUGGAAAGCAGACAGUUCAAGCAAUGGAGCUACAAGGUGAGCUCUUUACAUCUGUUCCUUGAAGUGCCUAGAGAUGUUUCUGCCGAUACCAUCAGGGUUUUUUUUUUUUCAGCUGUCACCUUUGUGUGUGUAGUUUUGAAGCUGCCUGUCAUUCUGCAGGUGCUGACUGCAGAUCAGAUAGAUGUGAACCCAGUGUUCACCAGGCUUGAAAAAGUGGAGGAGAGCAUAGAGACGGUGGUCUGCCGCGUCCUGACGCCGCUGCAGAAGCUGGUUACGCAUUUAGAAACUUCUAAGGACCUUCCAGGCGCCAUCUUGGAUAAUAAACCAGAGUUUUUGAAUCCUCCCGAGGUUUUGGAGGAGCUUUUGGACCGAGAUGAACUUUUAAGUCCCCAGCAGUACCUGCAGAUGUACCACAGCCCCUUAAACAUCAGCAUUGACUUAGGACAAGUCAAUCUCAGAUCCUUCUUCUAGAGCUUCCAGCUAUCUGUCCGUCUGUCUGUCUGAGCACCAUGAAAAACACCCAGUUCACAGUGAAUGUUUGUGUUUAAAGUAAGAGAGCAUGUUGGAAACUUAAUGUAAUAAAUGCAACACUGUUUUAAAUCACA